GAUCACCGUUCUUUUGCAAGCAAUUCAAACCUGAUGGGUUGGCCCUGCCUCCGCUAAGUACUUUCUCAAAGCAAUUUAUCUAAUCUUGUAAAUUUUCUAGUUCGAACAUUAAUGCCAUUUUUGCUGUGAUUUCGAGCCAUAGAAAACGUGAUCCAUCAACAAAUAGACUUUACUCAAAGUUUGAUAAUGAAUGUUUUUCGCAACAUUUGUUCAGUCACCAACCAGAAUUGUUCUUUUUCGAACGGAUCCUGUGUGGUUUUAAAAUCCAUCAUCUCGUGAACUUCAUCAAAACCUUUAACAUGGAAUGCUUCGAGCUCAGCCGCAGAUUCAGAAUUUAUAGAACUCUAGAGAACAAUUUUUCGUAUAAAAAAUUGCUCUUUGUAGUUGUCACUCUUCUAUUAAUCAUCCUGUAUGCACGACCUGCAUUUGAACCAUAUUUUUCAAGUGGGGAUUUAAAUGCUGUCAAUUUUGCUGGCAGAUGUUUGGAUGACCGCUUAACAACAUUCUACUAUGAGGUUGAAGAGUUUGACGCCAACAUUGUUCACUCACCUAAGAGAGAGAAUGAAAAGGAUCUACUCCCAUUUGUCGGAAAUGGGUAUUUUGGUAUUGUUGUGAAAAAUGAGUCACCCCUUUACUUGAAACAUGGCCGUGUCUUAUCGUUACCUCUCAACUGGUCACCGUUGGUCAGAGUGGAAUAUUUAGAUGACAGUGAGAAAGCAUCUGUUGUUCACUUUCUCAGUGGAAUUACUUAUGGCUAUGAAUGUCAUGAACGCGGAUCGUAUGUGACUCACCAGUAUUAUGCGCAUAGAGUGAUUCCAUCAUUGUUUGUACAACAGAUCAAAAUUAGCAAUCCUACAAGUCAAAAUCUUUACUUCAAUUUGAUUCAAAAGAAACAUUUUAAUUGGCCUUCAGAUGCUACCCGCACAAAAACUUUCCAGGAUGACCUAAAAAAUGAAAUUGAAUACAUGGUGAUAUCUGAAACCAUUCCUGAACCAUCAAAAUCAAAAAAAGUGAUAGUUGUUUCUUUAAUCACCAAGAAAAUCCCAGAUCGAGUAGAGGUUAAAUCUUUACAAGAUUUGAAUUUAAAUAUUUUUACUGUAAUUCAUUACUCUGAUCCAGUGGAUGUAUCUGAUGUUCAAAAAACUAAAGAAACAACUGAGAAAAAAGCUAUUGAAAUAAUAUCUCACGUCUUACGACAAAGCAUUGAUCGGUUGAAACAAGAUCAUGUUCUUGUUUGGUCUCAACUUUGGAGCACAGGAUUUUACGUCAGCACCUCAAAAGCAGCAGAUGCCAUCAAUGGUGAUGUCAUCAAUGCAACAAUGUAUUAUGUUUUAUCUCAUCUGAGAGCUCCUUUACAUGAACUGACCACCGGUGCAAAGACAAAAAACGAAGUAAUAAACAAUCUCUCCUAUGCUGAGGGCUGCUAUGGAGGUCAUCAUCAAACAUUCCAAGCUGUCAAUUUGUGGGGAGACUUGACAACACUCCAAGAGGUGAAUAAGGUUGUUUCUGUCUGGAUACUAACUCUUGAAAAACAGGGUUGCCAUAAACUGAUGAGUGCUGGGGCUAAUGGAGCUGUUCAAGCCAUGGUGCUCAGUUAUGGAAGUUUUCGAUUCAGCAACCAGCACUUAGAAUUCAACAUUCAUCCUCAGUUCUUGGACAGAGAUUUCCUUUUUAGGCGUCUGAGUUACGGUAAUUUAACUCAUGUGAACGUCUCUGUUGCUAUCAAAGAAGAUAACAAAGCUGUUCUUUACGUUGCCUUAGAUCGCAGUGAUAGAGAUUACUAUGCUUGUGACGGUGGUUGUUUGGAUGAUCCUGUCCUGCUCAGCUCAGAAAAGGUGCAGUUUCCAGUCAAGCUAACCAAGCCUGUCACAGCAAUUUUAUACAUUACUUACGAUAAGAAGCACAUGGAAGAAUUGAGGCACACAAUUCAUGUAAAAGAAGUCGUUGAAGCCCCUGCUCACGAGCAUCAUGUCAUUGCACUACAUAAACAUGGUCAUCAUCUGGGCGGUCUUCCAACUUUCUUUUGGGUCUCAGUAGGGUUUCUCAUUGUUGUAUUUCAUUUGUUUCUUUUUAAGCUUGCGUACAAUGAAUACUUUGGUAUUCAGGACAAGUACAGUCGUUGGAGGUAUGGAAAACUCUGAGAAUUCUAAAAACCUUGUUGAAAAUUUAUCAGGAUUUUUUUUAAAGUUUUUUCCAUUUUGAUAUUUUUCCCCCUUUUCAUUUUGAUAAGGUUUUUUUUUUUUUAAAAAAAAAUUUUGCUUUUAUGUAAAUACAAUGUACAGUGUUAUUGAUCUGUUUUAUAUUAAUCAUUAUGAAAUAAAACUCCGCAUAACUUAAGUAUAAUAAAAAGAACACGUGUAGAAAUCAAUAAAAUUUAAAACGAAGUGAGAGAGAAAUAAGCUCAUGAAUUACGAUUAGCCAGUAAAGUAAAAUCUCUUCUAGCCCAAAAGCUUACAACAUGCAGUUCUUCAUCAUUCAGCUUUACUUCUGUGACUUUUUGAGAAUUUUAAAUGAAAUGAGAAAGUAAUUUGAUGACAUUGGCUUAUCCACCAACUAUCGAUGGGAGUUUAUUGUUACUCUUACAUCCCUAGCAGCUGUUAAAUGUUCAACUUUUAAUUCGUAUAAACCCUUUUACUGCUGAUGUUUUACUACAGAGAGUUAAGUGACUUUGAUGCAGUAUUAAAUAUCAUGGUUUUGUAGAAAUGGUCCAUCAUAUCCAUGAAAAGUUAUAUCUUUAAUUGUCCUAUAAAAAAUCAUGAAGGUUUAAAGUGAAGAUUUAUGACAGUAACAGACUUAUAUAACAGACUAAGUGAGAAAACAUUGAAAAUUGAGUCAAACGGGGCAUAUCAUUCCAAGCAUCAAGAGAACAUGCUGCAUAUCAAGCCAAGAGCUACCAACAUUAGAGCAGUGCAAGUAAUGUCAGAUUGAUAGUGUUAGUGGUAUGUUGUGCAGCAGUUUUCAGAAAUAAAAUUUUGAACAACCUGAAAUCAUUUUUGGCACUAGUCCACUAUUUGAAAAGUGGAUAAGCAAUGGUGGUCGUAUCUCAAGUUGAGCCAUUAUUUUAGAGACUAGACGCACAAAGGCAUAUGUUUUACCCUGAUAUAAAAAUGUGCAAAAUUGAAAUGAACGCUGUGCCUUGUGAUGUCAAGAAGGUAUGAAGUGUGGCCACCUAUGCAUAUCCGCCUUGUGUUAUUGAUGAUAAGUCUUCAAGUAAUUUUUGACGCCUUUAAUAACCUAAAUAUGUAUUUAAAUUCAGAUCAUUUUUACCACAUUCAGGGUGGGGGGGAAGUGUCAAAAAAUCUUAAAUUCAUAAGACUGUUUAUUUAUUAUUACGCGUAUUUAUAUUUGUAGAAUAAGCCUUUUUUCCCUUUUCUGCAUCAUCAGUUUCCAAAGAUUUUGGAAAAGAGGGUGGGUGCCAAAUGAGUCAGCAUAAAGUUUCAUUGCAUUUUAUAUAAAAUUGAACUACAUUCUUACAUGGAGCGAUCAAAAAGUGUGGGUACCUGUUAAAACCAGGAUGGCAGCUGAGUAUUAGUGCUAGGUCCUUAUCACUCUGCAGCAAAUUAGCAAAUUCAUUAGCAAAUUAUUCUUAGUAUUCAUAGCAUUUCAACACUUUCUUCGCCUCCCUCUGUCUUGCACUGAUACUCAUUAGAUUUCAACUUUUUUAAUGUAAUGACAAUUUCUGGAAUUUUUUUGCCCUGAUUUCCCUGCAGAGUAGUGUGGACCCAGUACUACUCCACUAACCUGUUUCAUACAGUUCGGACCACAUUUUUUGUGUAUAUUCCGAAGGAAUUUUUUUUUUCUUGCUUGUUAAUAUCAUAAGAAUGGUUGCAGGUAUUUACAUACGGUUUGAAAAAACUCCCUCAAAGAAAAGUGCGCAAUUUUUUUGAGGGGAGCCAUAACCCUCUCACAAAAGACCAACUUUCAUUUGAGGGAAUCUAGUCUAAACUGCAUGUCAAUAUCUGCAACCGUUCUAGACAUAUUUAAUAACAAGUAUCCAUGUUUUUUGCACACCCUGCAAACUUCAUGCAUUGUUGCCUUACUUCUGUUGUUGUCGGCAAACCCCAUUUUAAUUGUUAUUAUGUUAAUAUUCUAGCAUAUUUGUGAAUAUGUAAAUAUGUAAUUAAUAUUCAGUGUGGAGUACAACCAUCUUCAGUGAUUCAAUACUUGUUGUUUUCAUCAUGAUUCUCUCUCGUUGGUUUCAACAUUAUUGCACUUGGUGGAGAAAAAUUCUCAAGUUUUAAAUUUUGAGCCAAAGCCCUUAAAGAACCAUUCUACGCAUCCGAAAGUCUAAAGAAUAAAAGAAAAUAGAUAAAUAAAUUACCAAAUUAUUGAGGGUCCUUUUUAGCCUUGUUACUCGAUUGCUUAAGCAGCUGAUGUUGAUACUGGUCAUUACUUCUCCACAAGCCGUAUGUAGUUUUUCAGGAGGGAAGAAGAACCAUCUAACUUGCCCCCUAACUUUUCUCUCAAAUGAAUUUAGAGGGAAGUUGAGUCUUCUCUGAAAAUAGUUUUGUCAUCAGACAAAAAUUAUCUUUAGCUUUUCUUGUAUAUUAAGAAAAUUCAGUCAUAAGUUUAAAGUUUAGACUCUCUGGCUCAGAGAAUAUUUAAGUUUUUUUCCAUGAUCUUUAUGCAAGCAACUGUGAUAAAAAAUUGAUUCUUGAGGGAAUUGAAAAACUAACAUUUCUGCUUCUUUAUUACUUAAAAAAUGAAUAGGACUUAGACUUAAGCCACUUUACUAAUAAUCAUCUAAAAUAUUUCUACAGCAUUAUCAUUGUUGUUAGUAUUUAACGAGUCUACCUUGAGAAAACAUCUACUAUAUAGGGCCAGCAGCCUGAUUGUUACAACUUUAUCAGGUUUUGUCGAUAAGAUGGAACAAGACAUAGCCUGCUAUCUUCUCCAGGGUACACGAGUUAUUUACAGGAGUCAAUCCUCAGAUUUUACAGGUAUGAUGACUAAUGAGGGAUAAGCAAAAAGUCGGGCAAAUGCUUUCGCAAAGGAGACCUAGUUUUAUAAAAUUGCUACACUAACUGAUUUGACAUUCAUCUUCACUAUUAAGCGAGUAAAAUUCUCACGAGAUAUCACAUCAGUGUUUUAAUUCAAGAACAGACAAGUAGGUCCUCAAAAGGUUUGACUCAAGAGGUUUUAACUGUAUAGAGAGGUGUUGGAACCAGGCCGAAUCAUGUUUCCAGUCCCUGAGAAUGAUUUAUUUCUUUGAGGAGGAAAAAAAUUAUUGCUUUACCCGCAUUGUAAACUUGGAAAGUGCUCAAAAAGUUUGGUGAAUAUUAUCUUCUCCAUUCUGCAGAGUAUGUUCUUUAUUGAAGGUUUGAUAUCUUGAGAAGUAUGAGGUAUCAGGAAGUAUUUUUUUACUAUCUUUCGAAAAUGAUUUUGCGUCCAGGUUUCAAUUUAAGGGAAUUCAUGUUUUGAAUAGAGAGUGAGUCCCCCAACAUUAAAAUUCCACCCUCAGUUAAGUAGUUUAGUGAUCGAUCUACACGUUCCUCUUUGUAUUUUUCUUUUUAUUUUAUUGAAUAUUUUUACUACCCAUUUCAGCAAUCUAGUGAUAAAUUUAAAGUUUAUCUUGCUUUUCUGCAGUCCAAGGAGCCCUCUCUUCCCCCCCCCCCAAAAAAAAAAAACCCAAAAAAUUGCUUGUACCUACAAUUUUAUUUUUCUUAUUCCUUCAAAACGAACUUAUGCAAUUGGAAUACUUAUUUUUGUUUUAGCUAUUACUGCUUGUAAGUUUCUUUGCUUCACAAUAAGAGUUCCUAAUCUCAUGGUUGAAAUCAAACCAUGCUAUACUUCUAUACUGUAUACAAUGGAGGCAUUAGAUGUAGAGAGCCCUUCUUGGUUGCGGUGUAUCUGAAUUUCCACUGCCAAUUUAUACUUUGGAGAGAACGCUAGGUAUAGGGUGAAUUUUCCGAAAUGUUUCGUUCAGAGCAUUUUAAAUUUAUGAAGAGUAUUCAGUAAACAUUCCAAUGGAACACAUCGACGUCGUAAAUCGGCAAUCGCAUAACUCGUUUGCGGUGUCUGAAAAUCUCUGCUUUUGUGUUAUUUUUUUAAAUGAGAACAAAUUGACAUCAUUCCUCAAAGUUUAUGCAGAAUUUUCUUCGCACAGAGAAGAAAAAUCACGGCAGUUUUAAAGAAUUGCCGUCGAGUAGUUUUCUGUUCAGAAAGUAAAGUAUGAUAGGAAGUCUGCGACAUCACAAACCGAGUUAUGUGAUUGCCGAUUUACAACGUCGAUAUAUUUGCUUUGAUUAUAGUGAAUGAAAUGUUGACGGAGAUUCUGAGACAAUGGAACCAAGAAGUGCCCACUCUGCACCCACCGUUUCAAUUGUUGUAGAUGAUGACAUGUAGUGAAGUUUUAGCUUUAAGUUUACCUGAAACGAGGUACUUAGAUUAACUGUCAGGAAGUUAAUAAAUUACUCUGGGUUACACCAGUACUUUUUUUUUUGCUCCUCAGCAUUUUUUCUUCUGAAUUGAAGACUCAUUGAGUAAAAGCCAGAUUUGCACGUACGCGCAGAAGAAACUCUAUUGGCCAAAUGAAGAAUAAAAAAUAAAAAAAAAAUAAAAUUAUCAUAAAAAGAAUUAUUAUGGAAUAAAUGAGUGAAUUUUAUUAAUGAUGAAA